AUGGUUUCAAAAUUAAAGGAAUUAUAUACAGAUAAUCAAUUAAUUCAUAAUAGUCCAAUAUCAGAUAUUUAUAAAGUUAAACCAAUUAAAGAAUCUUCAAAUUUAACUGAAUUGGAAAAGAAACAGGAUUUCUUGAUAUUAAAAAUCGUUGAUUUAGAUUUUAAAAUUCCUCCACAUUCAAUCAAAAGAGAAAUUGAAACUAUUAAAGUAUUACAGGAAAAGAAGAAAGAACAAAGUAAUGAAGGAUAUAUUGGAAUAAUUGAAAUGUUCAACAACUUCCAAAUAGUUGAUGAUAUGAUUUUAAGUUUAAAAUAUUAUCCUUUUACAUUAAAUCAAUUAGUUUUAAAUUCAAAAUAUAGUAGAAAAAAAAUUAAAUUUAAUUCAAUUGGUGAUAUGAGUGGGAAUAGUAAUGGUGAAUAUGAAUUAAAAAAUAAAAUUAAAGUUAGUGAAUUAAGAGAAUUCAUCAUCAAGAUGGUUAGUUCAUUAAAUUUUAUUCAUCAGAAUCAAAUAAUUCAUAGAGAUUUAAAAAUGAGUAAUAUAUUUUUUGAAGCAAAUGAUUUAACUAAACCCAUUAUUGGAGAUUUUAGUUGUUGUUAUAAUUUAAAUCAACCACCUGAAGAUGAACCAUUAGAUUUUAAAUAUUUAGAUAUAAGUUCUGGAAUUUAUAAACCACCUGAAUUAUUAUUAGGUAUAACCAACUAUAAUUUUGAAAUUGAUUAUUGGUCAUUUGGUAUUAUUUUAACUAUAUUAUUUUCAUUAAAUUUUAAAUCAAUUUUAAUUAAAGAUGAUUUAGAUUUAAAUAAUGAUUCAAAUAUUCAUGAUUUACAUUUAUUAUCUUGUAUUUUUAAAACUUUUGGAACUCCAAUUAUUGAAAAAUCAAUUAAUAAUAAUGAAUCAGCUGGUAGAGAAGAAGAAAGUCAAAAAGAAGAUAGUAAAGAAGGAAACAAUAAAGAAGAAGCUAGUAAAGAAGAUGCUAAUAAAGACGAUGCUAAUAAAGAAGAAGAAGAAGAUUAUUUAUAUUGGCCAGAAUUAAAUAAUAAUGAUUUACAUUUUAAAAAAUUUAAUUUAAAAAUUCAAAAACCUUUAUCAAUUGAAAAUAUAUUACCAAAACUUAUCAUUGAUGAUUCACUUGAUUUUAAUAAUGAUAUUAAUGAUCCUAAUGAUAUUAACAAAAUUAAAAUUUUUUUUAAAAAUUUAAUGAGAUAUGAUAGAAAUAAAAGAAAAAUGUUUAUUGAUUAA